AUGUCAGAUUCUAGACGUACAGUAGUUGAGAGUCCAGCAUUCCUGCAGGCCAAAAAAACCCAUUUGGCGGAGAUCGCCAGGCUUUAUGAAGAGGCAAAAACCAUGUCGAGAGCCGAUCGCCUAGACCACAGGGCUCAAAUCAAUAAGAAGGUCAUCCGGUGGAACGAGAUGGUCAGAAAUAAUAGUAAUUUGAAGAACUAUUACGACCUACACGGGAUGACCGAAAUGGGAGCACUUUGGUAUGUGAAGAGGAUGGUCGAGGGGACGGUUGGAGAAUUCGAAUUAGAAACCGGUCGUGGAAAUCACUCGAUUCGAGGAAUUCCACGGAUCAAAAAUCGAUUGAUGGAAGAAUUCGAGAGGAGGCCGAGAUGCUCGAUCGAAGUGUCUUCCGUUAACAAGGGAGUCCUCAUUUUGAGGGUUUGGUAG